AUGAGAGUAAGGAAUGAUCGUACCGGGAUCAAGGUGGAGGAGGCCCGCGAGGACGGUAACCGCCUUCGGGCUGAAAAUGAUGCCAAAGAUCCUCCAUGUAGUUGUUGGCUCGAGCUUGCUGCUCCUCGAUGCGCCGAAUGGCUGCUGUAUUCCGGUUGCCCUAGAGGCGCAAGGCAGCAAGCUGACUGUAUAUAUCAAGAGGAAACUCGGGUCUCAGCUCGUUGUGUUGUUGGUAAGACGGGUACUCAUGUUGUCGCUCGAAGUGUGCUCCCAAAGGUUGAGCAUAAAAGGGUGGUGGCAGUUGUCGGAUUGGGAGGUCAUAAUGGUCUUAGGCCUCAAAUGGGCUAUCAACAUUGCCAGUGUCUACCUGCAUGUCAUCAUCAUCUCCUGCAUCAUCAUCAUCAUGUAACUCUUCAGGCAAGAACCAAGUUUUGGGGUCGCUGGUGGUAA